GCCGACAAAAUGUCGUGAAUGAGGAGCACGGGUGUGGGGAGUUUAAGUAAAUGCCUGAUUUGAAUCUCUGAGAGAACCAGACUGCUUUCCAGUAAUCGAUCACUUUCCGCUCCUAUGGCCGCCUGAUUAAUAUUCGCCUCUGAGGGAUCAUAGGUUUGUAGCGCUGGUCUUUCGCGGCAGGUUUCGUAUCAGGCAUUGCAUUGGACGUCCCCGGACCAGCGGUCCUCGAGCUCCUGAAGAUUGACGGGGGUCUGCAGGGAUGGCGGCCGGGCAGGGUGGGUGGCUGUGGCCCGCUCUCGGGCUGCGCUUGCUGCUGGCGACUGCGUUUCAAGCGGUGUCCACUCUUGGGGCUGAGUUGUCAUCAGAGGCAUGCAGAGAGUUGGGUUUCUCCAGCAACUUGCUCUGCAGCUCUUGUGAUCUUCUCGGACAGUUUAACCUGCUUCAGCUGGACCCUGUUUGCAGAGGGUGCUGUCAGGAAGAAGCACAAUUUGAAACCAAAAAGCUGUAUGCCGGAGCUAUCCUUGAAGUCUGUGGAUGAAAAUUGGGGAGGUUCCCUCAAGUCCAAGCUUUUGUCAGAAGUGAUAAGCCCAAACUGUUCAGAGGUCUACAGAUCAAGUACGUUCGCGGUUCAGACCCUGUCCUAAAGCUUUUGGACGACAACGGGAACAUUGCUGAAGAACUGAGCAUCCUCAAGUGGAACACGGACAGUGUGGAAGAGUUUCUCAGCGAGAAGUUGGAACGCAUAUAAACCUUGCUUGCUUGUUCUUUUCUUACUCAUCCAAUCAACUAUCACAGCACCUAGAGAAUAAUUUAGUUUUGCAUGCUUACAUUGAUCAGUCUUUUUAUGUACGCCAUUAAUCUUCUAAUUAGAAGUUGAAGUAACAACACAGCCCAUGAUAUGUAAGGAGCUGGCAAGCUUAACAAAAUCCUUUCUUAGAAAUUUCUAUUCUUCUGAAUUAGUUGAUAUCACUAAUGAAAUGCUUUGUAAGAGGGUUCUGGUUAAUUAUGCAAAUACGAACUUGUACUAAUUGGCCCAGUUUUAUAAACAACAGAAUCUUAAAUAAGGGAGUUAAUAAAGGAGAUGCCUCCUCUGCUGUCCCUUCUGAAGGUGGCUGCCAGAAAACUACAAAGCACGUAAGACGUACUGAGCCUCAGCAACACGGCUGCUCCUCAGCGCACUCAGAUCUUUUGUACUGCCCGGCUUUCCUUUUAGUAGAAGUGUUUGUGCCAUAUAAAAUUUUUGUAGCCUAAUUGUUGUGGAACAGAUUGAAGAUCUACAGUAAGAAUGUAACACUCAUAAAGGUUUGCAUUAAUGAGGAUUACACAGAAAACCUUUGUUAAGGAUUUGUGUAGAUCUGAUAAUUGGCAAAUUUUUAUGUUUUUAAAUAUUCUUACAAAAGAAUUCCAUUGAAGAAUGUUUACUUAUAUGAUCAAAAUAUAAAUAAAAACUUCCAAAAAUGUUUGAAUUUGAAA